AUGAUUACAGUGCCAACAUUACUUUCAUGCAAUACAUUGCAGGGAUUCAUGUCAAAAAUUCUACUCAUUGAACCUGACUGGCAAGAAAAGGACAAAGACUUGCCGGAUAAAUUCAUAGUGAAGAUUGUAACACAACUUGUCAUGCAGAAGUUCACAAAUGAGCUUUCCAAGCAGAAGCAGCUCAAUAACAACUUCAUCAGCCCGACCUUCAUGGUCGACUACGAAACACUUCAAAAACGAGAUCACAACAACGAAGUGGUUGUCUACGAGUAUUUGAAGAGAAUUCCAGAGGAAAAGGUCAAGGUCCCAAAGGUGAUGAGAUUUUUCCUUUCCAUUGGUCUUUUUGGAACAACUAGUCAUUCGCUUAAUUCGCUAUUCAUUUCCAUGCGAAUGGCUAUUCCAUAUUCCGCUAGUACCAAACUAAGAAUGGGAUAUAUCAUAUUUCUCUGGUGUACAAUGGGGAUUUACAUGCAUGGUCACGGAGAUGCGCGUGAUAGCGCGCACGAAACCUUUCUGAGGCGGCAACAGUUUUUCUUGACUUUUUCGCAAAUAUUUCCCUCCUAA